CGCCCAGCAGGAGCCGGUUCCGUUUCGCCGUUUGAGGACCUUGAGUUCCAGGCUCUUCCUGCUGGCCUAGAGCCGUCCGUCCCCCAACCUCCUUGACGUUCCCUGAGUAAUCCCGGAGAGUACUAGGAUCGUAAUUCUAGAUCUUCGGUUGCGUUUCUUGUUGGAAUUUUUCUGGAAAAAUUGAAUCUGGCAAAGCCCAGGGACACCAGGCUGACUCCAGGAUAACCAUAUGGUGCUUCCUAUGUGAACUUUAUUGAGGGCGAAAUAAAUCUCAUUAUAUAAUUUCCUCAACAGAAUACUGGAGGAUGUUUGUUCCAAGAUCUCUAAAAAUCAAGAGGAAUGCUAAUGAUGAUGGCAAAAGUUGUGCAGCUAAGAAAAUUAAACCAGAUGCAGGAGACCCUCAGCUGGAUGAAGGCAGAGGUGAUGCGGCCCAUGCGUUAGCUACAGAAGAAGCCGCGCGAUCAGACAGGCACAGCCCGGAACCACGCCCUUUCCCCGGUACAGCUGGCCAGUUGGCUGAGGUUGGUUUGGUUGGACCUGAGCAGGAUGCAAAGGAUAGCGAUCUUUCUGAAGAGCCUGUUAAGUCAUUUUCCAAAACACAGCGCUGGGCAGAACCUGGGGAACCUGUCUGUGUUGUUUGUGGUCGUUACGGAGAGUACAUCUGUGAUAAGACGGAUGAAGAUGUGUGUAGUUUGGAAUGUAAAGCAAAACAUCUUCUGCAAGUAAAGGAAAAGGAAGAAAGAUUAAAACUCAGUGAUCCGCAGAAAGUGGAUUCAGGGCCAGAGCCUCCACUUAAUGCUUUUUAUGUCUAUAAAGAGCACCCCUUUAUUUUGAACCUUCAGGAAGACCAAAUUGAAAAUCUUAAACGGCAGCUAGGAAUUGUAGUUCAAGGGCAAGAUGUCACCAGACCCAUUAUUGACUUUGAGCACUGUGGUUUCCCUGAGGCCUUGAAUCACAACUUGAAGAAAUCAGGCUAUGAAGUUCCAACCCCCAUCCAAAUGCAGAUGAUCCCUGUGGGACUUCUGGGAAGAGACAUUCUGGCCAGUGCCGAUACUGGCUCAGGAAAAACGGCUGCUUUUCUUCUUCCUGUUAUCACCCGAGCUUUAUGUGAGAGCAAAACUCCAUCUGCCCUCAUUCUUACACCAACAAGAGAGUUAGCCAUUCAGAUAGAGAGCCAAGCUAAAGAAUUGAUGAGUGGUCUGCCACGCAUGAAAACCGUGCUUCUGGUAGGGGGCUUACCCUUACCCCCACAGCUUUAUCGUUUGCGACAACAUGUGAAGGUUAUCAUAGCAACUCCUGGGCGACUUCUGGAUAUAAUAAAACAGAGCUCUGUAGAACUCCGUGGUAUGAAAAUUGUAGUAGUAGAUGAAGUUGAUACCAUGUUAAAGAUGGGCUUUCAACAGCAAGUGCUUGACAUUUUGGAAAACGUUCCUAAUGACUGUCAGACCAUUUUAGCUUCAGCUACAAUUCCAACUAGCAUAGAGCAACUAGCGAGCCAGCUUCUGCGUAAUCCUGUGAGAAUCGUCACUGGGGAAAAGAACCUGCCCUGUUCCAGUGUGCGCCAGAUUAUUUUGUGGGUGGAAGAACCAGCCAAAAAGAAGAAAUUAUUUGAAAUCUUAAAUGAUAAGAAACUCUUCAAGCCUCCAGUGUUAGUAUUUGUGGACUGCAAGCUGGGAGCAGAUCUCUUGAGCGAGGCAGUGCAGAAAAUCACAGGUCUAAAAAGCGUAUCUAUACAUUCGGAGAAAUCACAAACAGAAAGGAAAAAUAUACUGAAGGGAUUACUUGAAGGAGACUAUGAAGUUGUGGUGAGCACAGGAGUCCUGGGACGAGGCCUAGACUUGAUCAGUGUCAAGCUGGUUGUCAAUUUCGAUAUGCCUUCAAGUAUGGAUGAGUACGUGCAUCAGGUUGGAAGAGUGGGGAGAUUAGGCCAACAUGGAACAGCAAUUACUUUCAUCAAUAACAAUUCAAAAAGACUCUUCUGGGAUAUUGCAAAAAGAGUGAAGCCCACAGGAUCCAUUCUGCCCCCACAGUUACUAAAUUCCCCCUAUCUUCAUGACCAGAAAAGAAAGGAACAACAGAAAGAUAAACAGACACAGAAUGAUCUGGUUACAGGAGCUAAUCUUAUGGACAUCAUUAGAAAACAUGAUAAAAGUCAUUCUCAAAAAUGACUCGUGAUACCACGGAACAAUUUUUUAUUGUGUAUUAUGAGUGAAAUUUCUGUAUAACCAUAUGGUUUGAGUAAAUGCAACAUGUACAUGAAACAAAAAAAUUUAACAUAAUUUAAAUUUUUUAAAUUGAAUCUCAUUUAUACCACAGUAUUGUAUUUAUUUCCCUUUUAAUUCUAAGUAAAAAAAUCAGAAAAUGAAUUGCUAAAUAAAAUAAGAUUUUUUCUGUUUAGACAAAGCCUCGAUUUUUCCUCAAUAAAUAUUCCUGGAGCUGCUGUGAGAACCAGGAACCUGCACAGCAAGGAGUCGGACUCAGAAUGGCGAUGCUUUUGUUGAGUGUCCCCGCAGCGCUGCAAGCCCAUCGGCGCUUGGAUUAUUGUUGAAUAAAUGAAUGUUAGGAAGAAAGUAAAUGAUGGAAAGGGGAAGAAAUGGUCGGUACUUCUUUUAAAAGAUAAAUAUGAAAUAUCUAUUUUAUUCUUAGUUGUUUUCCUUCAGCUUGGUAAAUAUAAGUUUAUGUUAUAUUUAAUAUGGUCUUAUCAAAAUAAUGUCAAGUCAUGUUAAUGUUACUACUUAGAGUUUUAUGUUAAUUUCAGUUUGCUAAUUCAACUGAUAAAUACUAGAAGAAAACAAUAGAUGUUUUGCUUUGAUGCAUCAAUACUUUCAUUUCUUUAAAAACUGCUGGUGUCCAUUUACUUGCAGGAUUUAGAUAGUAUGUUACAUAAACAUUGACACUUAAGCUUUAUAUCCAAAACAUCCUCCCCAAAAGGCUGUGACAGAGAUUUAUAUAACUAACUAGAGUCUGUGUAGAUAGUUUUUUUUUUUUUUUAAGAUUUUACUUAUUCGUUUGAGGGAGAGCGGCACAUAAGCAGGGGGAGAGGCAGAGGGAGAGGGAGAAGCAGACUCCCCACUGAGCUGGGAGCCCAACGUGGGGCUCCAUCCCACGACCUGGAGAUCAUGACCUGAGCCAAAGGCAGAGGCUUAACCAUCUGAGCCAUCCAGGCACCCCAUGUGUAGAUAGUUUUUUAAUGUUGUCUCCACCCAAAGGAAAGCAUGGGGUCAGAAGUUCCCCAAAGAACAUGAACCCUCAAGACUCUGGCUCUCUCCACCCUGUUUCUAAGUUUGCUGUCAAGUGAAAGUAUGUUCAGUUUCAAGGAUAAAAGGCAGCUAUUAAGGUCCAGAGUGCUGUAGCAGAGGUACAUUGAGAGUUGAAAUCAAAGCGUUAUCACGAUCCUCAACAUAUAAAAGAGGCCUUAAAAGUGUUCGUAAUACUCACUAGAGAAAGGGCACUUUUCCAUUAGACUCAAACUUGUGUAUAAAUAAAAGCAGUAUAGUUAUAAGAGAGAUUUGCAAAUCAACAUAUUUAGAAGACUGCGUAUUUUUAAAAAUCUUUACUGAAUUGUUUUUGAAAGAUUUUAUUUAUUUGUCAGAGCACAAGCAGGGGGAAUGGCAGGCAGAGGGAGAAGCAGGCUCCCCACUGAGCAAGGAUCCUGAUACGGGAUUCGAUCCCAGGACCCUGGUAUCAUGACCUGAGCCAAAGGCAGACGCUUAACCGACUGAGCCACCCAGGUGUCCCUUUAUUGAACUUUUUAAACCAUCACCAAUGGGCACUACCAUUUGUUUUAAGUAACCUCCAUGCCAAACAUGGGGCUUGACCUCACAACCCCAAGAUCAAGAGUUGUGUGCUCUGCCAACUGAGCCAGCCAGGCACCCUAAAAGACUAUAUUUAAUCAAAAAUAAAUAGUAUUGGGCAAUAAUGUAACCUCACUGGUCAGCUUAAUUUGCUGGCUGUCUGGCUUCUGUUCCCACCACGACCCGUGUCCUUCAUUUGCCUUCUUACAACCCGAAGUUCUGCCAGCUCUCAUUUUGAACUUCGCUAUUGCAUUGGCCAUUACUGACCACCCUCUUUGAAAUUCUCUCUUCCUUAAGGCAGCAGGUGACUGAAACGGUGGGGGAGCGAGCCACAAACUCACAAGCUCAUCAUGAGGAUUAAAUCAGAAUUUUUUUUAAAAAGCCUAAGUUUGUUUUUGGCUUCCCCUCAUCUUCACAAAGAACAUUGCCAUGUAUUUAAACUCUGGCUCACACUGAUUAAUUUACUUUUAUAAAUCAAAGUUGGAUCGAUGAGCUGUCAUAUUUCCCGAUAAAAGUAUACUUUUUUUUUUUUGGCAGGCUGAAUGUUACUCAGCUCGCCCCCUUCUAUGGAAUUAAUAUCAACACACCUCUUAUGCCAUGUUACAUUUUCUGCUCACCACAGUCUACACAAAGCUUGCUCCAUAAAUGUAGGUAGGCCUGAUGCGAGAGGUGACGUGUCAUUCAAGGUGACUUUCCUGGCAGCCAAAAGUAAACUGACUCCGGACAGAUAGGACUCCUUUGUUGUCUCCCAGGCACACUUAGAGUGACCCCAGAGGCUGUAGGGCCACAGUAUGAAAACCAACCAAUGGUAAUUAAGUAAACACAGUUCCCUUGUUCUGCGAAGUUAGUGUGAAGAUGAUGUUAAUUUGACAGGAUUGCACAUAAAGUGAAUAUAAGACAAAUGUUUACUUUUUAAAGGCGUUUACAAAUACUAAUUCAUAAAACGUUUACAAACAAUUUUUUAAAAAUUUAAAUUUCAGCUUUCUGAAGAAUUUACGUGUCAUCCUUACUUUUCUCAUUUCAUCUCAUAAAGAUAAAAACUUAAUAAAACUGUUUGCAGGUAACUUGGUUCUAGUUACAGCUCCACAGCUUUUUUUUUUUUUAAAUUAGGGGAAAUUCAUUACUAUCUCUAAUCUUUAGCUUUGCUCGUUUGUAAGAUGAGAGGGUUUGCUUUAAACUUCUCUGAGGUCUUCUAAAAUCUAUAUUUUCUGUGCUUCAGACUUUUAUUUUUUUUUAAGCUUUUAUUUAUUUAUUUGUCAGAGAGCAUAAGCAGAGGGAGGGGCAGAGGGAGA